CUCAAGACAAGGUCCUACUUUCAAUCCAUAAUCCUUUGUGACUUCCAUCCCAAAGAGUCUCUUCAUUCUCCUUGAUCAGCAGCAAGGAAACGUUUCUUCGCCUUGAUUUCUCCCAAAGACUUUUCAAUCCUCCAAAAUGCGUCUUGCAGCAGUCUCACUGGCGGUUGUCGCCCUAACCCCUGGAGCUUCCGCCUUUUUCUUCCGAAUGCCAUGGAUACCACUUACAAAGAUCCCCGUCCCUUCUAGCGGUGGCAGCGGAAGUACACCAUGCGCAGUCUACAACAACAAUCCGAACUUUGCCUCUUGUAGCUCGGCCGGUGGAUUAUUCCCAGCCUUUGAUUCCAAUGGGGCGUUCCAAGGCUGUCUAUGAAGGGAGCACGCAAUACAAGAUAAAGAGAGGUUUCUUUUGGCUGCUUGGUUGAAUUGGUUCAGGAUCAGUGUUUAUCUUGAUUUGUUAUGUUAAUCUGCUUUUUUGGUUUACUUGGAAGGAUGGGUAGUUUAAGAAUUGGCACAAUGAAUGGCAAGACCCU